AUGGGAGUGAAGGUUGAUGAUCGGCAGCUACACCAUUGGCGCUUUGCUGAUGACAUCGUACUGAUAACACCUAACAUCAGCCAAGCGGAACGAAUGCUGACCGAUUUCGACGAAACAUCUGGAUGCAUCGGUCUUCAGCUGAAUCUACAAAAAGCAAUGCUCAUGCGUAAUGGAUGGGUCUCUGAUGCCCUAUUCACGCUCAACGGAACGAACAUACUCGAAUGCACCAGCUAUGUUUAUCUGGGUCGGGAAUUGAACAUGAUGAACGACCUGACCCCCGAUCUGGGCAGGAGGAGACGAACGGCUUGGGGAGCAUGCAAGAGCAUCGAGGAUGUAGUGAAGAAGACCAGGAACACCCGGCACCGUGCUCACCUCUUCAACACCACCGCGCUUCCUGCUUUGACCUAUGCUUCGGAAACCUGGGCAAAGAAGAAAACGCGGUGA